AUGUAUAGGAGUCUGGUUGGAAAACUCCUGUACCUCACACACUCUCGACUAGACAUUUGCUUCUCAGUGAGCUAUCUAUCGAGAUUUCUGAACUCUCCUAGUAAUGUACAUUUCACAAUAGCAAAAAGAGUAGUUAGGUAUAUAGCUGGAACAAGAAACUAUGGUCUGUGGUAUUCACAAGGUGAUGGUGGGAAGCUAGAAGCCUAUUCAGACAGCAACUGGGGAGGUUCUAUAUCAGAUUGCAAGAGCUCAUCUGGUGUUCUUCUUGGUCUAGGAUCCAGUGUUGUUUCAUGGAACUCGAAGAAGCAGGAAAUUGUGGCUCUCUCCACAAUAGAGGCCGAGUACAUUGCUGCGACUUCAGCAACCUGUCAGAUUGUCUGGUUCAGGAGAGUUCUGCAGGAGUGUGGGGUGCAAAUCAAGGGAGCAACUCCUCUGUAG